AAUUUUGUUCUGUUUGAACGGGUCUUGUACAUUUCAGAUGAGCUCUAAAAAAGACAACACUGUCUAUUGUUCCAAUAAACCGCUUUGGAGUGCAAUACCGUUGUUUCUAGUAGAGGGCGCUGCGUGGCAGUACGAGCUCGAGGCCUCAGAUCUUUUUGUCUGGAACUGGAUCCCGCUGCCGCUCUACAGUGUGUGCGAUUGCUUGGAGCCGCGUCCGUAACACACUGUCAAACCACUCCAAACGAACACAUUUGAUACCAAAACUAUUAAUUUAGCAUAUUUUACAAUGGCAGUUUUAGUUUGCCGUUGAAAUCGGUCGUUAUUCUGGCCAAGUGUUUAUUACAACUUGCAGAAUCGGCUUGUUUUCUGUGUAUAGCUGUGCAUCAGUCUUUAUUAGCGAGCUGGCGCUCUUCUUGCUAUUAGCUAUUUCUUUAACUUUUUUAAACACUCAGCUUCGCGAAUGACUGAGCGCCGGCGGAGUAUGGGAUCCUUGGUGUCUUAGGAAGCGAGUGAGUGGGGGUUUAACCGUUUUUACAUGCAAAAACAAUGGCAAAUUCGACGGGGAAAAAUGUACUAGAUCAGCGAAGGAAAGGACUGGCUUUCCUGGACGAGCUGCGGCAAUUUCACCGAAGCAGAGGAUCGCCGUUCAAGAAGAUUCCUAUCGUGGGUGGGAAAGAACUGGAUCUUAAUGCUCUCUAUAUCAGAGUCAUUUCGUUAGGUGGAUUUGCUAAGGUUUCUGACAAGAAUCAGUGGUCAGAGCUGGGUGAAGAUUUUAACUUCCCAAGGAGUUGUUCAAAUGCAGCAUUUGUUUUAAAACAGUACUACCUUCGAUAUUUAGAAAAGUAUGAAAAGGUCCAUCACUUCGGCGAGGAUGAUGAUGAGGUGCAGCCUGGGAACCCGAAACCAUCUCUUCCAAUUGGUGCAAUCCCUUGCUCCUAUAACUACCAGCAACACACUGUAUCAGACUAUCUCCGCCAAAGCUAUGGGCUGUCCAUGGAGUUCACGGCCCCAUGCGACUAUAACAAACUGGUGCUCUCUCUCCUGUCGGGCUUGCCCAAUGAAGUGGACUUCGCAAUCAACGUUUGCACUCUCCUCUCCAACGAGAGCAAGCAUGCCAUGCAGCUGGAGAAAGACCCCAAACUCAUCACGCUGCUACUGGCACAUGCAGGUGUCUUCGAUGACUCACUAGGCAGCUUCUCCUCUGUAUUUGGGAUGGACUGGAAGGAGCAAACCUCCCGGGACUUCAUGAAGUUCUGGAAGGAUGUGGUAGAGGAUUCUGAAGUCCGGGACCUCAUCUGGGACAAGACCAGCCUGACACAAGUGACAGACACUACGCUGGGGGACGAGCGCUGGGGCGCCCUCUUCCACCCUCCACGCAACCUAGGCAUCGGCGACAUCGAGGGUCAGCGGGUUCUGCAGGUGGGAGUCAUCCUCCGCAACCUCUCCUUCGAGGAGGCCAACGUCAAACUGCUUGCUGCUAACCGCACCUGUCUGCGGUUCCUCUUACUGUGCGCCCACUGCCACUUCAUCUCCCUACGGCAGCUGGGAUUGGAUACACUCGGCAACGUGGCCGCAGAGCUUCAGUUAGAUCCUGUUGACUUUCGAACAACCCACCUAAUGUUUCACACCAUCACCAAAUGCUUGAUGUCAAGGGACAGGUUCCUGAAGAUGAGGGCCAUGGAGAUCCUGGGUAAUCUGAGCAAGGCGGAGGACAACAGCGUGCUGAUCUGUGAGUACGUGGACCAGGAGUCAUACCGUGAGGUGAUCAGCCUGCUGUCGCUGCCUGACCUCAUGCUCCUCAUGUCCUCCCUGGAGGUCCUCUACCUGCUGGCCCAGCUGGGGGAGAUCCCCUGCAGCAAGAUCGCCUCCGUGGACAGGAGCAUAGAUCUGCUGGUACGGCUGGUGUCAGUGGACCUGCACACGUUUGGUCCGGAUGCUCUGACGGCCGUGAGGCUGAUGGAGCACCAGGCUGCUGGGCAGAGCCAGGUGGCCGAGGUGCGGCCGCAGCUUGUAGAACAGCUGCCUGCUCCGCUGCAGGGCGCACCCAUCCCAGCAGCAAGAGUCCCUGUCCAGUCCACUCCCCCUCCUGGUAUUGUUGAGCUAGAUGGGGAGAAGUUUACAGUGCAGUGGCUAAACGCCCACUUCGAGGUGAGCGGCGAGAGCUCCGUGUUGCGCUCAGAGAUGUACUCGGAGUACCUCACCACAUGCAGCAAGAUGGGACGCGCUGGCAUCCUGGCCUCCCAAGGCUUCCUCAAAUGUCUACGGACAAUCUUCCCAAACCACACAGUGAAGCGGCUGGAGGACACCAAGCCCAAUGCUCAGGCACACAUACACGUGGUGGGGGUCAAACGGAGGGCCAUCCCACUGCCCAUCCAGCUGUACUACCAGCAGCAGGCUAGCCCCACACCAGGGCCCAGGCACGACGUCCCUGUCGACCCCCAGGCAUCCCCGUCAGUCCCCAGCCUUACUGCUAACCCGGCAACGCCACAGGUGGCCUCCACCAUGCAGGAUGGUGUACCUCACCCCCAAGUGGCUCAGACUGUUCCUCGGCUCCCCCUUCACCCCCAGGCCUCACCGCAUCAGCACCCCAACCCUGCUCAGCAGGCCAAGCCAGGGGAUAUCCUCAAGACGGCCAUGGUCCAGAGCUCCAUCCCCACCUCUGGCCAGGUGGUCCAGAACCACAGCCCCAGCAUGGCCCAACAGCUCCACCAUCAACAAGUCAUGGCGCCUACCGGGACCCCAGUCACACUGUUCCAACAGGUACAGCAGGGCCACAUCUUCACGGCGCGGGUUCAGGGGGUGCCCAUCGCGCAACGGCCGCCCUUGCCACACACUCCCUCCUCAGUACCCCAGGCCCUCUCCCAGGGCCCCCAGCAGGAGACGGCUGUAUUCUCUUCCCCCCCACACUACGCUGCUGUGUCGGCCCCCUGCUCCUCGCUGCAAAACUUCCAGGUGGGCGGGGGCCAGGUGUUCACCAUUGCCGGCGUGUCCAACACCCAGGGCUCCCGCGUCACUUUCCAGAACAUCGCCCCCAAGCCUGCACCCUCGCAGGCCAGUGGACCACCAACAGCCACUCAUAACCAGCAGCAGCAGUCCAGCGUUGUCAUCGUCAGCCCCAACCUCCAGCAGAACCAGGCCUAUGCCCCGGCUAUCCAUCAGAUUGUUCUGGCCAACCCCUCCACCAUGUCUGGUGGCCAGGCCAUCCAACUGGCAGGACAGCCUCCCGCUCCUUCCAAACCCCCACCUUGCCCUUCCACCAUCGCUCCACUGCCCCAGGGCCUGCCCACUCCUUCCAACACCCAGAUCCCAAUGCAGGGCUCUGCUUCUGUCAGUCAGAUGCUGUCGGUCAAACGGCAACCACAACAAUUGAACCCCCAGCAGCAGUUUCACACCCAGCAGCAGUUUCAGAUUCAGUCCCAACCCCUGCCUCAGCAGCAGCCGCCCCCCCAGCCUACCUCCACAGAGUCCAGCCUGAUCAAACAGUUACUGCUUCCAAAGCGGCCCUCCACGCCGGGCGGAAAGCUCAUUCUGCCCGCGCCCCAGGUGCCUCCCCCUAGCAGCACGCAGCGUGCCCCAAGCCCACAGGUGCUCUACCAGUUGGCCUCACAGGGCCAGCCUCAGCCCCAGCAGCUCAAUGUACAGCUGGUCCCCAGCCAGCUCCAGUCCCCAGGGGGGCCUCUCCAGACGGUGCAGCUCAUCUCCACCAGCAGCCCCGCCACCAUCAUCCAGGGCCAGGCUCCUGGUGGCCAGGUCACCUUCACUGUGGUGCCCAACACAGGCUUCACCACUUCAGCCUCUGCAGCUGCCGCCCAGGUCAGCCAAGGAGCCGCUGCACCAGGCCUGCCAGCGGUCCAGACAGGCAACACCCUCCACGGGCCACCGCCGCCCUUCAGGGGGGACAAGAUAAUCUGCCAGAAGGAGGAGGAGGCCAAGGACGCCACGGGUCUGCACAUCCACGAACGCAAGAUCGAGGUGAUGGAGAACUCCUCUCUGGCCGAUGGGGCUGGCACCAAAACCAGCAACGGGGACCUGGCAGGGGCCGACGCUCCAGGGGCCAAGCUGCUUAACGGGAGGAAGUGCAUGGACUCCAGUCUACCUCCAUACCACUCAGGGAACAGCCAGGGGGCCUGUGCCAACGGACCAGCCAGCGAGAGCUGCCCCACCAACGGGAAGCAGACCUCUGGCCUGGCUAACCCACAGGAGGGCCAUGUCGACCCCAAAAAGGCUCUCGUCAACGGGGUCUGUGACUUUGAGAGAGGGGACGCCUCCACCGGUGCCCACUUAAGCAAAAACAUUCCAAAUCACUUCGCUUCCAAACACUUGGGGAACGGGGAGGUGGGUCCUCCUCAGAAACUGCAUGGGGCUCCCCAGGAGCCCUCUGUCCCCCAGCAGGAUACUGCCAAAGCUGAGCAGGCAGAGCGCCUUGCCAAUGGGCCUCAGGCAACAGGCCCCUUCUCUAACGGACCUAUGGGGCCGGGGCCUAACUACGCACUGCCUGCAUUCAGGCAGCAGCUGUUUCCCACCGUCACUGUAAACUCCCAGGGCGCCACGGGGCCAGGGACCCUGCCGGCCAAUGGUUUGAGCGGCGAGAGCCGUGCGCACAAGAGGCCGGCGGAGGAGGACAAGGGGGCGUCUGUGAUUCCCUGUAAGGUGGGAGUGAGGAUCAUCACCAUCAGCGACCCCAACAAGGCGGGCUGCAGUGCCACCAUGGUGGCCGUGCCUGCUGGAGCCGACCCAAGCACAGUAGCCAAAGUAGCAAUAGAGAAUGCCACGCAGCAGAGGAACUGCUCCACCAUACAGGCAUCCAGCUCUACGCCUCUGCCAACAGUGGUUCAGCCUGUGCAGGGUGGCAGCGCCAGCCCCAACGCCUCCCUUUCUGGGCCACAAGCCGUGGUGGCACCCCCAGAACAGACCAGGAAAGCGGGACAGAACUUCAAGUGUCUUUGGCAGUCCUGUAAACGGUGGUUUGAGACGCCGUCUAGAGUGUUCUACCAUGCAGCCACGCAGCAUGGUGGCAAGGAACUAUACCCAGGCCAGUGCCUCUGGGAGGGAUGUGAACCUUUCCCCCGACAGAGACUGUCCUUCAUAACCCAUCUACAGGAUAAGCACUGUUCUCGAGAUGCCCUAUUGGCCGCACUAAAACUGGAGCAGGAACCGACACAGACGCAAGACCCAAAUCAGAAAACUUCCAAGCCUCAGCCAGUGGCAAGCAGCACUCCAGCCCCCCGAGCACAGAAAGCUAUUGUCAAUCAUCCGAGCGCAGCCCUUAUGGCCCUACGCAGAGGCUCUCGGAACCUAGUGUUCAGGGACUUCACUGAUGAAAAAGAGGGACCAAUGACCAAACACAUACGACUAACUGCUGCCUUAACGCUAAAGAACAUUGCCAAGUAUUCAGACUGUGGUCGAAAGUUGGUGAAGAGGCAUGAGAGCCACCUUUCUGUGCUGGCACUCAGUAACAUGGAGGUCUCCACAACGCUCGCCAAAUGCCUUUACGAACUGACUCGCUCUCUCCAAGCUUGAGCCCACAAGAGCAACCCCACCCCCAAAAAUUGGAGAACCAUCCUUCAGGGGUGUCAUGACAGUGGGGCACACAGGUGGGCAACACCAGACUAUGCCCUUCGGACUCCCCUCCCUCACCCCACUGUGCUCAAAUCCCCCCCAUCUCCUUAACAAAACAAACUGCCACGGGGUCUUCCACCAGCCGCCCAAGAGGGGGAGCUCUUUAGACUGCUGCCCUGAGGGACUCUCCUACCGAAACCCUAAAUACGAGCACAUUUUUGUAAUCCUGGGACUAUUUACAGAGAACUUAUUUGAGUAGGAGCGGCAGUACGUUGAGGUUUUGCUGUGCCGAGGGAGGAGAAUGGCUGGAGAGGGGGAGGGGAGACGCAGCUGCGGGAGACUGGCUCGAUUGUUUUUCUUUAGAACUUGAUAGCGUGGUUUUCUUACUUGAGUCAAUAUAUUUUCACUUAUUUAUUAUUGAAAUGAAUACCAUUACAAUUAAUGAAAAUAAUCUUGUAAAUAUUUGUGAAUAUAUAUAUAUAAAGAAAAUCCUCUCAUGCCGAUACAGCCACUGGGGAACUUGCUCUGUGGAGUAAUAGAAGCAUUACUUUGGUAGAACCUUUUUUUUUUUUUUUUUUUUUAAUGAUCCCUGAUUACUUGUAUCUAAUGUGAUUCUAUACUCAGCAGUGGAUGAAUGUACUUAAAACCUGUAAAUACUUCUGCAAAGGUACUGAUGCUGUAAAGUUAUGGGGGGAAAGCAGUUUUUUUGUGGAACUGACUUUUUUGUAUAAUAAUACCUUGUAGAACUCAUUUUGCUGGCUGAAAGAGUAUGGAAUAAUAUAUCUCAUGUCAUUUUGUAGAAGAAAAUAAUAUUGAAGGUAUUCUCUCACCCCGAACAUGUAUCCACUGUAAACGUUUGUCAUUGUACAAGCACAGUGAGCGUACAUUUUUUUUUUUUGUAUUUGUAAAUUGGUUUAAAUACAUGGAAUUUUAUACAGGUUUUCUCCUGUGUUCUUUGCUUUAUGUGCAGGUAUAUUUUCUUCACUACUUUUUUUCUAUGUUAAUAUAGUGUGGAGUUUUAUUGUACUAUUUUUUUCAUAAUACCAUGCCACAUUCCGGCUCACGUCCUCAGACUAUCCUCUCUAUGGAGUGUUGUGUAACAUUAAUGACUGCCUGUUAGCGUCCGAGCGGGGCAGCCCACCCAUCCUCAUUUCUGCAGUGUCAGUAGGAUGUUCUAUUAUACAUAGACAUAAGUCUGUUAGAUUGGCUUUAUUUACUUUGGUGACUGUUUAUAGUUUUUAAAUAAAAGACUGAACUAUU